AAGAUAAAUUUGCCAAUAAAUUGUUGCGGUGUGAAACAAAUUGUGUAUGAAAAGUGUUCCGGUCUCGAUAUCGACAUGGAAGAAGCGUCUAUAAAAAUGGAAAAGCCGGAAGUGUCCACUGCGAUAAAAGUGGAGGAAGUGAUAAUAACCCAUACUCUCGAAGAGGAACCAUCAGCACUCGCUAGUAAAAGUAAUGGAGUUGACUGUUCCGGUGAAACAACGCUGCCGAAAGCAGAAAUACACAUUGACGGCACAGGUGAAGUGAGUGAUGAUGAACCUACGACGGUAGAAAGCCCAGUUGGCGAAGUGGACAAAACAGAGCCUGCUGCGGUUGCUGACGGCAACGUUGUGGCUUCCAAUUCAAGCGACACGAACCGUUCGGAAACGAAUCGUUCCGGGCGCGAUCACUGGAAGAAGCUCAAGUACAGUUACAGCGUUGAGCGGCCAUUCGAAUGUGACAUUUGCGGUUUAUGUUAUAAAAGUAGCGGUACCCUGAGCGCUCACCGAAAAAGACACACAUCCACUCCCGAGCUGAAGUGCUUGGUUUGUGAGAAAAGCUUCCUUUUUCAUCAUGAACUCGGGCAGCACAUGUACAGUCACACCGACGAAAGACCCUGCACAUGCGACAUCUGUGGCUCAUCGUAUAAGUCAAAACGCGCCUUGGACGUUCACAAAAACUACAUCCACACAACCGUUGUGGAUUAUCCGCACAAGUGCGAAACUUGUGGAAAAGGAUUCCGACUUAGACAGCCGCUCAGGAACCAUAUGCGCAGUCAUAGUGAUGAGAGACCUUUUCCGUGCGACAUCUGCGGUUUAGCAUUCAAGUCUGCUCGCGAUUUGAAAGUACACAAGGCGAAAGUUCACACCGACACUGACUUUGUGGAUCGUCGGUACAAGUGCAAGCUUUGUGGACAAAGCUUCGGAGGUCGUACUGCAUUGUCAAUUCACAGGCGCAGUCACAGUGAUAACCCAGCCAUUGACGAGCGUCCACACAAGUGUGACAUUUGUGAGAAAAGCUUCAGUUUUUAUGGUAAGCUAGUAGACCACAUGGGCAGUCACAGCGACGAGAAACACUUUACCUGCGACAUCUGCAGCUUGUCAUACAAAUCAAAAGACGCUCUAUACUAUCACAAAAAACGUGUCCACCCGACCGUUUUGGGCAUUGUGGAUCAUCCGUUCAAGUGUCAUAUUUGUGGACAAGGUUUUGCCUAUCGUUGUCUGCUCACAAUUCACAUGCGCAAGCACACCGACGAGCGACCUUUUGAAUGCGACAUCUGCGGCUUAACGUACAAGUCAGCUUGUAAUCUGGAAGUUCACAAGAAAACUCACUCAACGGUUUUGAAAAAUGCGCAUACGUGCGACAUUUGCGGUAAGGGCUUCGGUGCUCGAUAUCGCCUUGCAAUCCAUAUGCACAGUCACAGUGACGAGCGCCCGUUCAAAUGUGACGUCUGCGGCUCCACGUACAAGGCAGAGAAUAGCCUAAGUAGUCACCGGAAACGGCACACCUCGGUCCAGCCUUGAUUCCUGAUGGGAAUUUUGUGGAAAAUUCUCCGUUUGCUUCACAAACUAGGCCAAAGUUAUACAACAACAUCAAGUACGCUUAUGGCAGUCCUUCUCCCAUUAACUCAGGAAACCACCAGAAAGUAUAGAACUAAGGUAACUGCCGAGAGUACAGGAAGAUUGUGAAACUUUAAUCACCAAAUAUUAUGUCCUUCAAGGUACACAGCUGUCACAUAAGGUAA